AGGAAGGUGUUUUCCUGAUUCCAGGCCCAACACUCAAUCCACUAUGCCACUUAGCCGGCCCGGGUGGUACAUAUUGAAUCAUAAAAGAGUAAUAUCCAGAUUGUGUUAACAAAGAGCCCAUUGGCCUCAGAACCCUUGCGCCAUUCCAGUUGUGAAGAAGAAAGACCUUUGAUGACAAGAAAGAUCAGUUAAAGAACAUCUUAGCUUGUUGGUUUUUAUAAGGAAGACUUGAGAGGAAGAAGAAAUAUCAGUUGCUUACAACCUGGAUGCUGCUGUUUCCUUCCCCCUAACUACACCCCACACCCCAUCCAGUCUUCACCAUUUACUCUCAAAAGGUUGCCUGCCUCUCUAAGCAUUGUAGAAUUGAGUAUAAGGGUUGUUUUUUAGCCCAAGUCCUUUCUUUUGGUGAUCAAAUAUUCAUUAUUGCCUUUAGGGUCUGAAAGGCAACAUUCUUGACAGAAGCAUAUGCUUUUUAACCAACUUUUAAAAACUUACAUAUAUAGAUAAAUACAUUCAUAUGCCUAUAUGUGUGUGGUGUGAGGUAACGUUGUGAGUGGUUAUAACAUUGAUAUGGAUCGCCCUGCAGAAAAGAAACUAUGUACCAUUUGUAUUACAAAAUAGAAUUGGAAGUAUGAUAUCUGGUACGUGUUCUCUGUGACAUUAUUUACUUCAUUCUGAGAAAAAUAAUGAAGAGCCGCGUGGUGGCGCUGCAGACUAGGAAGAGGCAGAAAAGCUCCGCGAACACACCAAUACCCAGAAAGAGUCCAGAAUCAUUAAGUUCAGAAGCAGAGAGGGAGCUUUGUUAGCUGAUACUGGAGAAAGGGAUCCGCUCUCCCUGCGAGACGGACUAAAGUGGUAGCCUCUGAUUAUCAUUUGCAUUCAAGCAGGGCUACACAGAUUGAGAGGAGGGGGUCGAAGGAACAAUGGGACGCCAAGGGAAGAUGAUUCUGCAACAAAGGCAAGUUCUCUUUCUUCUUGUUCUGCUGGGUGUGUCUGGGGCAGCCUCAGAGCCGCAGCAGUUUUCAGUAGUGGAGGAGAUGGAGAGAGGCUCGUUUGUGGCCAAUGUGGCAAAGGCCUUGGGCCGGGAGGUGGGGGAGCUGUCAAAUCGGGCGGCCAGAGUCGUUUUCAAAGGGAACAAAGAGUAUUUGCAGCUGCACCCUAAAACCGGGGAUCUGCUCCUGAGAGAGAAACUGGAUCGGGAGGAGCUGUGCGGCCCUGCCGAGCCCUGUGUGCUGCCUUUUAAGAUCCUACUGGAAAGUCCCUUUCAGAUUGUUCGGGCUGAACUGAUGGUGGAAGAUAUUAAUGACCAUUCCCCAGUGUUCCUAGAUACUGAGAUGGUGCUCAAAAUCCCUGAGAACACCUCCCCCGGGACUGUAUUUGUACUAGAAAAUGCACAGGAUUUAGACGUAGGUCACAACAGUCUCCAGAACUACACUAUCAGUCCCAACUCCCAUUUCCACAGUCAAAUUCGGAACAAUGGGAAGGGUAAGAGAUACCCAGAGCUUGUAUUGGAUAAAGCCCUGGAUCGGGAGGAGCAAUCUGAAGUUCGAUUAACUCUCACUGCAUUCGAUGGGGGAGCCCCACCAAGAUCUGGAACUGCCCAAGUCCGAGUCCUUGUCGUCGAUAUCAAUGACAAUGCCCCCGUUUUCACUCAGUCCCGUUAUGAGGCUCAGAUGCUGGAGAACAGUUCUAUUGGAUCUCAAGUCGUCACAGUUUCAGCAACAGAUUUAGACGCAGGAAAUAAUGCAGAUAUAUCGUAUACAUUUUUGCAUGCUUCUGAAAACAUUCGUAAAACUUUUCAACUAACAGAAAAAUCUGGAGAACUUUAUUUAAAGCAAAAACUAGAUUUUGAGUUAACUCAGUUUUAUAUCAUCGACAUUCAAGGCACAGAUGGUGGAGGUCUUUCGGCAGAAUGUACUGUUACUGUUCAGGUGAUAGAUCUGAACGACAAUCCUCCAGAGCUGACAAUGUCUUCACUUACCAGCUCCAUACCAGAAAAUUCUCCUGAGACAGUCGUGGCUGUUUUCAGUGUCUCAGAUCUAGACUCUGGGGAAAAUGGAAAAAUUGUAUGUUCCAUAAAAGAUGAUCUUCCUUUUGCCCUGAAACCUUCCAUUGAAAACUUCUACACACUGGUAACAGAAGGAGAACUGGACAGAGAGAGCAGGGCUGAAUACAAUAUCACUAUAACAGUCAUGGAUUUGGGAUCCCCGAGGCUCAAAUCUGAGCACAAUAUCACGGUGCUCAUCUCUGAUGUCAAUGAUAACCCUCCCAUGUUUUCUCAGAGAGCCUACAAAUUGUACCUCCGGGAGAACAAUAGCCCUGCCCUCCACAUUGGCAGUGUCAGUGCCAGUGACAGGGACUCAGGAAUCAAUGCCAAAGUCACCUACUCUCUGCUGCCUCCAGAGGCUGGAGACCUGCCCCUCUUCUCCUAUGUCUCCAUCAACUCAGACAAUGGCCAUCUCUAUGCUCUGAGAUGCCUGGAUUAUGAAGCCAUCCAAGCUUUCCAAUUCACUGUGAGGGCAGCUGAUGGUGGUUCCCCAUCUCUGAGCAGCCAGGCUGUGGUUCAGGUUUUGGUAGAAGAUGAGAAUGACAACUCUCCAGUUGUGCUGUACCCCCUGCAGAAUGGCACAGCUCCCUGCAAUGACCUGGUGCCCAGAGCUGCAGAGCCAGGGUACCUGGUGACCAAGGUGGUAGCUGUGGAUAGGGACUGGGGACAGAAUUCCUGGCUUUCCUACCAGCUGCUCAAGGCCACAGACCCAGGACUCUUCACUUUGUUGGCCCACAAUGGAGAAAUUCGAACAGCAAGACCCAUCAGUGACAAAGAUACCAUCAAGCAGAAGCUCCUGGUGUUGGUGAAGGAUAAUGGACAGCCACCUCUGUCCACAAUGGCCACACUCAAUGUGCUCCUAGUGGAUGGCUUCUCUGAGCCCUAUAUGAAGUUCCCAGAUGUACCUAAGGAGCACAUCCAGACUGACUCCCUCACCACCUAUCUAGUCAUUUCGCUAGUCUCAGUCUCCUUUCUCUUCCUGGUCUCUGUUAUUAUGUUCAUUGCCAUUCGCCUGUGGAAGAGGAAGAGAGAUGCUACUGAUGGUGGUCAUUUUAAUCCAAAUGGCCCCUUCCCAGGUCACUUGGUGGAUGUCAGUGGAACAGGGACUUUAUCUCAGAGAUACCAGUAUGAGGUUUGCCUGACUAGUGGUUCAGGGACCAGUGAAUUUAAAUUCCUUAAGCCCAUUAUUCCUAGCCUUCCACCUGCUGAGGGAAUUGGGAAGGAACCUACUGAGAACCCGCACUUGAGAAAUAGCUUUUGUUUCACUUAAUAUUUUGACUUCUGUUUCAAUAGAUCGUUCCACCUCCACCACCUGCAAUUGUCUUUCACUCUUUAUAUAACAAAAAUAUACUUCUUUGAUAUCCCAUUUUAUUGAUAUUUAUCCUCUUUCUCCCCUUCAUAAACAUUUUUCUCUUCUUUCUGCAUGUGCUUAGCCUGAAAAGCUUUCAUUCUGUACUCUUUUUAUUCUCCUUUUGUAUUUGAGUUUUCCCCAGGUGACUCAAAUCUCUCGUUAGUUUUUAGGAAUGAGUGAACCUUAAUACAUUAUAAACUUGGAUGUUUAAUGCUUCUGAUCAAGUAAUUUAGCAAAUGUAUUGAACACACUCAGUCUUGGUUUCUAUGGAAUUCUUUUCCUCCUGUAUCAUUUCCAGUAGUGUACUUUAGAAAAUGUUUCCCAAAGUUCAUCCUUUUCUUGGUGAAUAUAAUUGUACUCCUCUCGAAUGGUAAUUCAUGUUUUACUCAUUUGUAUUUUUUUCCUUUUCAUUCUCUUUUGUGUUAUGAAAUUUUCAAAGAGGUGCUAUGAUUUUACAACUUUGUUGCUGUGGUUACUAUAAUUUUACACAUAACCAUAGUUGUUUCCUUUGACAUUCAUGGAAUUCAAUUGGAUAAUGUGUUUAAACAAUGUGCUACAUAGAAAAUAUUCCUUUUUAGUACAUAUGUUGUUUAUUUUUAUUUUUCUUAGUUGUAUGUGAACAAAAGAGUUAUGUUUUU